AUGGGCUGGAAAGGGCGACAGACAGACCAGGCCAGCCAAGUGAACCAUCUCACCUUGAUCCUGUGCACCGUACGAUACGCCUUCUCAUGGCUGCGAUUCAACUACUAUGGCGGAAUGGCUAAGUUCUCAUACCGUACUUCGUUCAUCGCCGCCGCCUUAACGUACGGCAUCGUCGUUUACAAGACCUUCAAGGCGAGGACCAAGUCCGGUGCCCGUCCCCCACCGCGAUUGGUCUUAUCGGCGACGAGAAUGUUCAAUAUCUCGGUAAGCUUUGCUCAUCCGCGGCCCAAGUCCCUCGGGCUUGCUUUGAUUUCUGUUCCCCCAGUACCCGUUGGCCAUGCUUCCCUAUUGCGUCUACUCGAUCUUCCAUGUGGCUACCUACACCCGCGCGAACCUAAUUCCUACGAUUCAGCCCCCAAGGUAGUUUCGGCCCCCACCUCGUCUCCCAACGGAAAGCCUCAAUACGCCCCGAACCCCCUUUCGGAUAAGAUUGGUGCCUUUGUGAGGACCUACUACGAUGAUUCAAUGGCUGUCGUCUCGUCUCUCGAAAUUCUCCUCUGGGUGCGCAUCCUCCUCUCCGCCAUCACCUUCCAGAAGGGUUCGUGGAUCCUCAUCGCCAUCUACACCGUCUUCCUCCGCGCCCGUUUCGCCCAGAGCACCCACGUGCAAAACUCGUUCCAGCAGGAACCCCCUGCGGCCCGCCAGGUAUGGGACGGUGUCAAGGGUGGUGUCCGCCAGUUCUACCAGGCCACCGACAUUAACAAGUAUGUCAACGGCGGCGCGACUGCCCCUAAGAAGGCCUCGUAA